CUUUGCCGCCCCGAAAGGGAGUUGCGGGCAAGAGCGGCUGUGUCGUUGCCCGUGGUUUUUUGGCGCGGUGCACUGUGGGAGCGGCUGAGGGCGCAAAAAUGGCGGACCUGGCCAACGAAGAAAAACCAGCCAUCGCACCGCCUGUCUUUGUGUUUCAGAAGGAUAAAACCCAGAAGUCUCCUGCCGAGCAAAGAGGGGAGCCAGAGGCAGGCAUGUCCCCCGUCGUUCCGGGCCAAGUCGAAUCUGUCGAGAGGUCGGCAGAUGGGUCCAGUCCAGAAGAUGGGGAAGAGUCUGAUCGAGAGGAUGGGAGUUACUGCCCCCCAGUAAAGCGGGAAAGGACAUCCUCACUCACCCAGUUCCCUCCUUCGCAAUCAGUGACAAAGAACAAUGUCUUCAUGCCAUCGAGCUUCUGUGAACCUUCUGCAGGAAACUCCGACUCGGAGCCAGAGGAGAAAAGCACGGGGUUCCGGCUGAAGCCACCCACCCUCAUCCACGGCCAGGCCCCCAGUGCAGGGGUCCCAAGCCAGAAGCCCAAGGAGCAGCAGCGGAGCGUCUUGCGCCCAGCCGUCUUGCAAGCCCCCCAGCCCAAGCCUUUCUCGCAAACAGUCCCUAGCAGCGGAACCAAUGGUGUCGGCAUCUGUCCGGAUCCUUCAGCAAAUGCGUCCGAGUCCCCAACUCGCACCGCAGCGAAAAGCCCCGACCCACAAGAGAUGGAGAAGCCCUGCCCGUUGAAGGAGUCCAGCAAUACCUCGGAGGCCGAGAGAUGCGAAAAGGCCGAGCAGAAUGCGCAGCAGUCCUUUGUCUUUGGGCAAAACCUCCGGGACCGAGUCAAGCUAGGAAAUGAAAAUGACGAAGCUGCGGAUGCGCAGAACGCGGGGCUGCCCAGCGCAGAGGCACCUUCUGCCACAAACUACUUCCUCCAGUACAUCAGCUCCAGCAUAGAAAACUCGACGCACUGUGCGGAAGCCGCCAGCAAUAAGUUCGUCUUUGGGCAGAACAUGAGCGAGAGAGUCUUGUCUUUUUUGCAGAGCCCACCCAAAUCCAGCGAAGCCGGCACUGACAGCAACAAGGAAAAUGCCGGAGGCGAUUCUGGCUCAGAAUCCUCUUCGCAGGAAGCCACUCCUGAGAAAGCCAACAACAUUUCGGAGUCACUGGCGGAGUCAGCUGCGGCCUACACCAAGGCGACGGCCCGGAAGUGUCUGCUGGAGAAGGUGGAGGUCAUCACCGGGGAAGAAGCCGAGAGCAACGUCCUGCAGAUUCAAUGUAAGCUAUUUGUCUUCGACAAGGUCUCCCAGUCCUGGGUGGAAAGAGGUCGGGGGCUCCUGCGACUGAACGACAUGGCUUCCACGGAUGACGGCACGCUGCAGUCGCGACUGGUCAUGCGAACGCAGGGAAGUCUGCGCCUCAUCCUGAACACCAAACUGUGGGCCCAGAUGCAAAUCGACAAGGCCAGCGAGAAGAGCAUCCGCAUCACGGCCAUGGACACCGAGGACCAGGGCGUCAAGGUCUUCCUCAUAUCGGCGAGCUCCAAAGACACGGGGCAGCUCUACGCGGCCUUGCACCACCGGAUCCUGGCCUUGCGCAGUCGCGUUGAACAAGAACAGCAGGAAGCCAAGAGUGCUGCGCCGGAGCCAGAAGUCAGCCAGUCGAACGAGGAGGACAGCGACGACGAUGACGAUGAGGACGACAACGGGCUCGUGCCCUCUGGCUCCCCUGGGCGCGGUCCUGUUGACGAAGCCGAGGGCCAGACCCCCAGCAGCACAUAGCGGCCGUGCACCGGGAUCUGAGGGGAGGGGGGGUGUAAGAAGAUGGCCGCCAUCACGAACCCCUUCCUCCUGACUGACUCUUGCCCUCGGACGGCGACGACGAGACGCUCAGAGAUUUAAGGACUCUGCUUCUGGUUGUUUUGUUUUUUUGUUUUCCUCCUUCCUCCCCUUUUCUAACCCCUCCCUCCCUGCUCCCCCUUUUUUUGGCGUGUUGGACUCUUGGGGGAGGGAGUGGGGAAAGGGGGCGAGGCGGGACUUCCAACCGGUCCGUAUUAAAAAAAACCACAAAGCAAAAACAACCGCAGACUUCUGGACAAUAUAAAGACAAAAACUGGCUGGAACUUGGGGCCUGGACACUUUGAAACCGACAUGCUCAUCAUAUUGAUGAGCCGAGGGGAGGGGGAGAUGCCGUUUUCUUGCCUCCCUUCCACAUAUUGCAUAAACACACCCCGUCGAUGGUGGGCAGAGGAAGGCCUGUGUUCGCUUUUCGGAUCCCCGAAACUUUCCCUGGACCCUCAUUCAAAUUCCCAUUGGAAGACUCCGGUCCCCACUCUCCUCGAGCCUCAUCUUUUCCUAUCUUUCAAACACAAACCACAACUCCCGUUCUUUUCUUCGGGGAAUAUGAAAGACUUGAAAUCCAUGACCACCUUGCUUAACAACUCCUUCCUCUUUAUUUUUUUGGGUUACUUUAUUAUUAUUAUUAUUUCUUUGGUUGUUGUUUCUUGUCGUUCCUUGUUCUGGUUUGUAAACAAACGCUUCUUCCCUUUGUAAACAAACAAGCAAGACUUCGACAAAAUUCAAACCCGUCGUUUGGAAAGGACUUAUUCCCUCUUUUGUACCGUCGGGAGAGCGAAGCCCUUAUGUGUAUGUAUAUAUAUGUGUGUGUGUUGUGUAUAUAUGGCCAUAUAUUAUAUAUAGACACACACAUAUACUUAUGUACAUAUAUAUAUAUAUGUAUGUAUAACAGAUGUUAACGUGCUUUGUUUUCACCUUGCCCGGCUGCUGGAGUGAGGCUUGAGUACGGCGAGGCGGGUGCUUCGUUGAGGCAUUGGGGGGAGGGGGGGGAGAAUUUGUCACCUUGACAAGAUGGAAACACAACAUUUUUGGGGGAUUUUAAGUAUUUUUAUAUAAAUCCAAUCUCUUCUAAACGGCUGUGAAGGAGCCGUAUUCCAGAUCCGCAUUUCGUAAGGUUUUCAGUUCGUGUGGUGCAUUUGAAGGGAGGGACGUAGAUGGCCGUCCCAUCGUCCCCAACCUAUCACAGUGACUCGUUGGAAACCGGUGGGGUUUUAUACCACAGAUAUAAAGGACGUAGGUUCGCUUUGAAGCCUUGCAAGAAAGGUUGGGGAUGGCCGGGAAUGGCAUUCCCAAUGGGAUUCAGGUGUGGUUGGGUUGCAAUUUCCAGUAUCCCCAACCUUGUCUGUUUUGAUAUUGAUACUAAUGUCUGCAAGGCACUCUAACUGCUGGGAGAUAGUUUGGGGAAGUCGUAAUGUACCUUUUUAUAAUACGAGGCUGUUUGGGAGGACUUUUUGUUGUUACUUUGGGAAGGGUUCCUUUAGGGCCCAAAACUAGAUGGCUUCUCUGCAGGGAUCUUCACAUUCUUCCAACGAAACGUUAUUCCUUCCAAAGUUUGUUUGGCCUCGGAAUGGCAACAAAAAAGACAUUUCGGCGUUUUACUCUCUCUGGGCCUCAUGUCGUCGGAUCCUCGGAUUUUUUUCCCCAGAAUACUUGGAGGAAAAAAGAAGACUUUCGUUUCCCGCAAGAUGUCGGAGGGAUGAAAGGAAAAAAAAAAACAAGACAAAAGCCUGUGUGUUUGGAAGGUUUCUGUACAAUUGUCAUAUCAGAUGUAUUUGGGAAUUACAUUAAAAAAAAUAAGAACUUGUAACAAAAA